GGUCCCGGCGGGCAGGCACUCGGCGGCGGCGGCGCGAUGGAGGCGCCAGCCGAGCUGCUGGCCGCGUUGCCUGCGCUGGCCACGGCGCUGGCCCUGCUGCUCGCCUGGCUGCUGGUGCGGCGUGGGGUGGCCGCGAGUCCGGAGCCCGCGCCCCCGGCCGAGGCCACUGGGGCCCCGGCGUUGUCCACCCCCUACGCCCCCGAGUCGGCGGCCGCGCCCGCGGAGCCGGAGGAGCCCGGGGAGCCCGCGGGAACGGGGGAGCCCGCGGGACCGGGGGAGCCCGGGGAACCCGCGGGGCCGGGGGAGCCCGAAGGGCCAGGGAAGCCCACAGCGGCGCCGGCGGAGGCGGAGGAGCAGGCGGCGGAGGCGAAGCAGGAAGAGGAGCAGGACUUGGAUGGAGAGAAGGGCCCAUCGUCAGCAGGGCCUGAGGAGGAGGACGGAGAAGGCUUCUCCUUCAAAUAUAGCCCGGGGAAGCUGAGGGGAAACCAGUACAAGAAGAUGAUGACCAAAGAAGAGCUGGAGGAGGAGCAGAGGAUUGAGCUGACCUCUGACCUCACUUCCCUGUAGCAAGUUCCUUAGGUCCUGAGCCACACAUAUUCUUGCAAAUCCUUUUGAACUGAAGAAUAACGAAGUUAUCCUUAGCGUCCUCCUAAAGGCUUUUCCUUUUGGCAUCUUAAAAGCUUGAGAUAAAAUGGAACCCCCAGAGAGGAGUCUGGGCAGGCUCCCAGGGUGCAUGCAGCCUCCAUAAAUCUGCUGAGCUCUAGACCCUCAAUCAGGACUUGGCCCUGGGCUAGCAGGAUCCCGGGAACACCUUUGGCCCUGCCCUGUGGAGAGAUGUUCAUGUCCAUUUCUGUGGGUCACUUUGUUAAGCUGAAGGGUUUUAAGAGUUUGAGCUCAAACCUUGGACUUGGAUCUUUCUUACCACCCAAACUUGCUAUCCACACGCCCUGCACACCUUAGAUAAAACGAACACUUUAAGAGCAGAGUACACUUUCACUCCAGUCCCCUCCUUUGCCCUCACUGAAGCCAAACCACAGAAGACUUUGAGGAAUGAGAGACAAAUGAGGUAGAGCUCACCUGUGCUCACCAGCUCCGUCAGGGUGGUCAGCCGGCCCCUGUCCCUGGUAACCCCACUUCUCUCUCUAGCUGGCUUGGUGGUUGGGGGUGAGAUGCCAUAUUGAUUACAGGGCAGUGAAGAACCAGUACCAGGUGUUGACUUGAUCACUGCCCUUAUUUUUCAUCCAGAGGAAUCUUGGAUUCAGCCCUUUUAUUGCUAAGAUACCUUUUCAAUGACGUUCUUACCAGCUCAGCCAAAUCUCCACUCUGCUACAGCAAAAGCAAUAAUGUUUGCUUUAAAAAGAUUUCUUGACUAUGCCUUUUCUUAGAAAGUUUGAUAGAUUAGUUAGAACUUCAGAUCAUCAGACCAGGCUCAGAUUCGUUUCUUGGAAUUUUAUAUUUGACAAUAUUUAUACUAUACCAAGCUAAUUUGCCGUUCCUAGGUUUGUAGGUUAAAAUGUUUUCUUUUUUAAAGCAGUAGGUGUAUAGAAAAUUUGUUCAUUUAAUGGAAGGCUGGGAAUGUCCAGCAUCAAUACCGAUGGCAUGCAUUUCUGGUGGCCUUCUCAUCUGGGCCUGCAACCUUAGAUUCAGGGUUUAGGGGAGAACAGGCCACACGGCAGCAGCCACACAGUCAUUGCCUUCAACACAGCGCCACGUGAUGAACAGAUGUACUCUUGUGUCCCCAAACAGCAACAGUCCUGUCCUUGGCCAGGAGGGGAUCUAACCGAUACAAUAGGUCAUUGACUCCCUCCCAGUAGAGGUAUCUAGGUUUGUCUGGAAACUCUGACCAUGGCUUGUAGGCACCACACCUCAUGUACUCCUGAUGGCUUGGAUCUCUGUAUUCAGCCUUUGUUCAGUCCAAUAAACUUUGAGUAGAUGAUCUCAA